CGAGCAUAGCCUCUUUUCUCCAAGAAAGAAAGGGAGGCUCGCGGGUCGCCACGCACUCGGGUCCACGUCUCUUUUAGCCGCCGCCGUGCCGAUCCGACGGACCGACCGACCAGAAAACCCUAGCCCGUCGCGCCGCCGCCGCCGUCGCCGCCGCAAAAUCUUAAACCCGCACGCCCCUCCCUUGUCCCCGACCUCGCCGGCCGCGGCACCAGCCAUGGCGUUCACCGCGCGCAUGAAGGACCUCAUGAGGAAGUACGGCAAGGUGGCCCUCGGCGUCCACGUCUCCGUCUCCGUCGCCUCCGUCUCCGGUAUGUACGUCGCCAUCAACAACAACGUCGACGUCGACGCCAUCUUCCGCAAGAUCGGCAUCAGCGCCCCCGGCACCGCCGCCGGCGACGCGGCCCUGCCCGCCCCCGCCCCCGCUCCCGGCGCCGGCGACGGGGCCCUCCCCCUCCCCGCCCCCGCCGUCGUCGUCGGCCAGGAGGCGCCGCGGAACCGGACCGGGGAGCUCGCGGCGUCCAGCGGCGGCGCGCUCGCGCUCGCCAUCCUGUGCAACAAGGCCCUGUUCCCCGUCAGGGUCCCCAUCACCAUCGCGCUCACGCCGCCCAUCGCCAGGCUCCUCGCCCGCUGGAAGCUCGUCAAGAGCCUCAAGCAGACCUGAGCUGUGUCCUAUUGCAAGUGCUCUGGGAGAUUGCUGCAUCCAGUCCAGGAUUCAAGGUCCACUUUCCAGGGCAUCCGCAAUGGGGCUACGCCGUAAAUUACUCCACUCUGCCGUCUGGUGCCAUUGCACCUGUUUAUUUUGUCAGGUCAUGGAUGCAUGCACUUGCAAGAUAGUUUCAUACGCAGGAAUUCUUGUUAUCCUCUGAACUCAGAGGCGGCAACUCAUUCUCUGAAUUUUGUAACUUAUACAAAAAAAGAAGGCUGAGAACAGAAUAAGCACUAUUAUGAUUAAUCCAAGUAGGUUUAUUUCUGUGACUUUUCAAGAUUGGUGAUAUCACAUUCUGUUAUCGACAUUUGGUCUGUGAUGGCAUGGUUGGAAUUCAAGCACAAAUCUUUAAUUUGUUUGGUAUCUGUGAUA